UGUGUUUCAACCUGACAUUUUCUUUGUGCAAUUUACUUAGAUCGCUCAUGUAAAGUCCCGUUACUUUACUUUCGUAAUUCAUUUAACAAAGGCAUUUAUUAACUAUCUUCAACGGUGAACCACGGCUUGUGUCAAAGCCCGUGUCGGGAAUCAUCAAGCGCCGUGGAGUUCAGUGACACCGUUACUGAGUCGAACUUUGUGAUUGUAUUUUAUCGAUUUUAACUUUCUUGUGCAACACAUUGUUUUUAUGCUGUUUAUUUAUUAGUGUGGUCGGGUAGCUGGCGAACAAGCAGGGGGAUUUUCGUGUGGAAGGUCCAAGCAAGAGUAAGCCGUGUCUUGGGGUAAAAGCAACCCGGGCACUACGGUGGCCCCUGACACCCCAGCGCCAGCGCCCCAGCCCCCGGAUGUUGUUGCAGGGGUGCUGGAGAUGACUGGCACCGACAACAUCCGCUUCAGCGGGCACACCCUCGACAAGGCCACCAAGGCAAAAGUGACCUUGGAGAACUUCUAUACGAAUCUCAUCACACAACACUAUGAGAGAAAACAAAGACUUGAGAAACUUGAGGAGUCCCUCAAGGACGAGAGUCUAUCGGAGACUCAGAAACAGGAGAAGCGUCAACAGCAUGCGCAGAAAGAGACGGAGUUCCUAAGGCUGAAGCGUUCCAGGCUUGGAGUCGAGGACUUUGAGCCUUUGAAGGUAAUAGGUAGGGGAGCGUUUGGUGAAGUUCGACUAGUACAGAAAAAGGAUACCGGUCACGUGUACGCCAUGAAGAUACUCAGGAAAGCAGACAUGCUUGAGAAAGAGCAGGUCGCUCAUGUCCGAGCUGAACGUGACAUACUAGUCGAGGCGGAUCACCAGUGGGUCGUGAAGAUGUACUACAGCUUCCAGGAUCCAAUGAACCUAUAUCUUAUUAUGGAAUUCCUCCCAGGAGGCGACAUGAUGACAUUACUCAUGAAAAAGGAUACCUUGAGCGAAGAGUGUGCUCAGUUCUAUGUAGCUGAAACCGCUCUAGCUAUCGACAGUAUACAUAAGCUUGGAUUUAUUCACAGAGACAUAAAGCCAGACAACCUGCUACUGGACGCUCGCGGUCAUAUAAAGCUGAGCGACUUCGGUCUUUGCACGGGCCUCAAGAAAAGUCAUCGCACCGAUUUCUAUCGAGAUCUCUCUCGAGCUACGCCUUCCGACUUCAAUUUCUUUUCAGUAUCGACGUCAUCAUCGGCGAUGGACUCGAAGCGUCGCGCCGAGUCCUGGAAGCGGAACAGACGAGCGCUCGCGUAUUCGACCGUCGGGACGCCGGACUACAUCGCACCGGAAGUGUUCCUGCAGACGGGAUACGGACCUCAGGCUGACUGGUGGAGCUUGGGAGUUAUUAUGUACGAAAUGCUGAUCGGAUAUCCGCCAUUUUGCUCCGAGUCGCCUCAGGAGACGUACAGAAAAGUGAUGUCUUGGCGGGAGUCCCUUACCUUCCCUCCCGAGAUACCGAUCAGUGAGGAGGCCAGGGAGACAAUUCUACGCUUCUGUUCCGAACCUGAUCGCCGACUUGGUUCACAAAGAGGCAUCGAAGACGUGAAGUCGGUUUCGUUCUUCCGCGGCGUGGACUGGAGUCACGUCCGCGAACGUCCCGCCGCCAUUACCGUCGACGUGCGUUCCAUCGACGACACGUCCAACUUCGACGAUUUCCCCGACGUCAAACUCGAAAUACCAUCAGCGCCCAUAUCCCAGGAGGGUGAAGUCGCUUAUAAAGAUUGGGUGUUCAUCAACUACACGUUCAAGCGGUUCGAGGGUCUGACGCAGCGCGGGACGCCUACCAAGAAAUGAGUAUGAGAGCAGCCUGCCCCCAGACCGGUGUACGUUGACAUACCCAGUGACCGUACACCGAUCAAAUGUUGCACCAUUGUAUAAGUUCAUGGACACAAUAUUCAUAUCUCCAUUGUCUUUGUAUAUAUAAUUAUUGUCUUUUUUGAAAAGAAAGAAAUUAAUGUAAAUAAUUGUUUCGAUUCUGUUGAAAUUAAUUUCUUCGAUAACGUUUACUGAAGUUCGUUUUUAUUUAUUUAUACAACGUAAUGUACCAUUUACAGUGGAGAUUGAUGGUGUAGACUUAUAACCGAGAGAAUUACCGCGGAAGUGCAACAUUAAGACUUAUGAUAAUAGACAGUGUACUGUCAUAUAUUCGGCUUACAAUUAGUGAUUCCUGGGUAAAUUGUACAUACCAAAUUCUUAAGUCGAAUGUAUGUGUGUCAAUAUGUACCGGUUGUUUGUAUAAAGUUGAAUGAAUCGAAGGGUACAAUUCCCAUAAGCGUAGAGCAUUAUAUCAAAUGAAACUUGGCCCCGUCAAAAGGAAUAGUAUUAUGUACUAGUACAUGACUAUUAUAAAUGCAAUGGAAAUUAUAUUUAACCGAGAAAUAUAUAGAUAUUUUAUAAACAAUUUACUAUCUCUAAAACAACGAUGUUCAGAUUCAAGGGAUCAGUUCGUCCACAGAAUAAUAAUAAAUUCAAGAGUAUUUUUUAAUAUUUAAAUAUGAAUUAUGGAAAUACUAUUUAAAAAUUCUUGUAGUUGCUCAAAAUAUUUGAUCUUUAUAAUUGUACAAUAAAUUCGAAGUCUUAUUUCUAAAAUAAAUCGAAUCGCACAAUAAUUAUAUUUUUAAAUUCUAAACAAAAUCUUAAAAAAAGAAAUUGAUUAUAUAUUUACAUUAAUAAAUAUAUUGGAAUUAAAAAAGUACACAGUUACUUCAAUAUUUUUAGCACUUUUUUAUUUAUAUUGUUAUUGAUGUGUCUUUACUUGAAAGGAUUCUCGAAUAUGACGAACAUGUAUACUUAUAAACAACAUUCUGAGGAUAUCGCUUAAAGGGAAAUCGUUUGUCGUGAAAAGCUGAGUUUCAUUUGAAGAGUUCUUUGCUCUGCGCUUCAUGUAAAAAGAUAUUACCAACAGGCAAAUUAUACCGAGUAUGUAUUACCGAGCUCUUUAAGCUCCUCCAUUACUUCUGAGUUCACCCAGGCAAAGUUAGGUUCUUCAUUGUAUUUGCUCAUAUUAACAUCCAUUUUUAACGUAAAUGGCUAAACUAGUUCGUAGUGUGUACAUUCGCGUUUCGCUUUUAUUAUAUAUUUAUUUCUAUACGCCAAAAA